GUUGGCGCUAGAGUGGGUUAUCACUUUCUUGAAUUAGUUUUUAUGUUUGUUUUAUUCGUUUCUUUUCUUCCCAUACUCUGUUACGUGGUGCAUGACAUUUAUAGCAUAUUCGUAUCAGGUGAACAUCAGGACGACCUUUUCAUUAUGGGAGUGCGGCUGGAAAUGCUGCUAUUCGCGAGUAUUUUUAUUUGUGCUUUUCUAACUUUAGAUCGUGUUUCCGGUGGCCCGUCCGAGAGAUCUAGUAAACCAAUGGUCCAGAAAUGUGGACGUAGAGAGUCGACUGCUUCUGCUGAGACAUUCUCAAGGAUAGUGGGAGGGGAACCUUGCACUUCAGAGUUUGCUCCCUGGCAGGUUUCCCUUAAAAAUAAAGGCUCUCAUUUCUGUGGUGCAAGCAUAAUUAGUGAAGAUUGGAUAUUGACAGCAGCUCAUUGCUGUGUAGUCUUUCCCAGGUUACGUGUAACCAGCGUGACCGCCGUUGUGGGUACCGAUAAUCUUCGUAAGACAAGCUCUAAUGAACAGAUUCUGAAAAUUGAUAUAUAUCGUAUACAUCCCCAGUUUGACUCCUCAAACCCUGUCAAUUAUGAUAUAUGUGUAAUCCGUGUCACUGAGAAAAUAGUCUUUGCAUCAAGUGUUCAGCCAAUCUGUCUUCCAAGUCCUGAUACCAACUUUCAUCCCGGAACACUCUGUACGGUUAGUGGCUGGGGAAAGACCAGUGAAGGUGGAACAGUUUCACAGACACUUCAGCAUGUUAAUCUGCCCCUUCUACCAACUGCAGAAUGUAAUUUAGUGUUGAUGAAUGCAGGUGCUGGAGAAAUGGAUCUCACUAUGUUAUGUGCUGGCUUCCCAGAAGGUGGCCGUGAUGCUUGUCAGGGAGAUUCUGGAGGACCACUGUUUUGUCAACAGGGCACUGGUCCUUGGUUCUUGAUGGGUGUCACUUCCUGGGGCAUUGGUUGUGCCCGAAAAUGGAGUACUAAUGACCCUAAUCAGUCGGGAACACCUGGCAUAUUUGCAAAUGUGAAAGCACUGCUGACUUACAUCUUUGAACAAACUUCAUCUAUAUCCAGAGCAUCUCUCGAUUCAGGAGAAUGUGAUUCACGUGGUAUGACCUUGGAAGGUGAAUCAGGAACCCUCAGAUACCCUAUGGAACAAGGGAGUGAAUACACAAACGGAAGUGUGUGUUCUUGGGUUGUUGAGGUCCCUAAAGACUUUCAAAUGGAGAUAAAAAUCCUCUGGCUUGACAUAGAGAAACAGCCCCUCUGCAGAAGUGACUAUCUGGCUCUUUAUUCAGAAAAUGGAGACCUUCUUGGCAAAAUAUGUGGCAACACUCCCCCAGCUCCAUUCUUAACGGAGUCAAAUAAAGUCGAACUACAGUUUGUUUCAGAUAUCUCAUACAGUGGAAAAGGGUUUGAACUACAGUAUACUGCUGUUCUUAAAUCUGGUUCAGGAUGUGGAAGCAUCGCUAAACUGAAUCAGCCUGGCACUAUUGACUCUUUCAACUAUCCAUUUCCUUAUUCUGCCAAUUCAGAUUGUAUCUGGAAAGUGAUGGCAGGAAUGAACCAGAUAGUAAAGAUAAGAUUUAUUGAUUUUGAAGUUGAAGAAAGUUUGGACUGUACAUAUGACUCUGUUAGCAUCUUUAAUGAUUUUGAAAGGCAUUUGCUGAUUGCAAAGCUCUGCGGUGCUUCGAUACCUGGACCAUUUUGGAGCAGCAGUAAUAAAGUCUUAAUUGAAUUCAAGAGUGACAAUGAGAAUCACUUCAGAGGAUUUAAAGCUUCAGUUACAUUUGAACAGCCUGGCACUCAAAAUUCUAUUGAAGUUAAACCAACAAAAUCCGAGGAAAUCCAGGUGACAGGGCAUAUCACAGGCACAUGUGGAGUUACAGCCAGACCGGCACAAUGGAAAGAUUCCUGUCUUGGCAAAAUGGAGCAAGUUGUACCUUAUAGUUACCCUUGGCAUGUUGGCCUGAGUUACCGAGGUGUUGUUUGGUGUUCUGGAGCAAUUCUCAGUAGGCAGUGGAUAGUGACUGCUGCAUCCUGUUUUAAGCAUUUUUCCUCAUUAAGUCACUGGAAAGUAGUGGCUGGAGAUCAUGAUUAUCAACUUGAUGAGAAAACUGAGCAGGUCCUGGAGGUGUUGGAUAUCCUAAUGCAUCCCAGAUUCACCCUGUACAGUUCAGAAUAUAACAUUGCUAUGGUAAAAGUGCAGGAAAUUAUUGUUAAUGAAUAUGUUAGCCCAGUAUGUCUGCCUGACAGAGAAAAUACAUUGGAGCCCUCUUCAAUCUGUAUCCUAACAGGAAGAGGUAUUAUAGAUGGACAAAUGGUUAGUAGGUUGCAGCAAUGUUAUCUUCCAAUACAUGACUCUAACAUUACUUCAGAGUCCAUGAAAACAGGCAAGAUGAGCAACACAAUGCUGUGUGCAGGCUUUCCUGGUUCUGAGAUUGCAGCUUUUAGUCAGGGUGAGGUGGGAGAUCCCCUAGUGUGUCUAAAAGAUGGUAAAUACACCCUGUAUGGGCUACAGAGUGGUCUGACCUGUGGAGAAAGGUCUUGGCUGUUCAGUCGUGUUAGAGUUAUGUUAGACUGGAUUGAAGCAGUACAGGCCAAAGAGUCUGUUAUUCCUGAUAAUGUGGCAACCUUGGAUUCUGGAGAAUGCCCUGAUGAUCAGCCAUUAAUAAGUCCAGAAGGAUCUUUUCAUUCUCCUGGUUAUCCCUAUUACUAUGAUGGCUGUCUUAACUGUUCCUGGACUGUUUAUUCAAGUUUAAACAGUCAGGUGGUGUUGGAUAUUAUUGAAAUUUCAAUAAUGGAGUCUCCUAACUGCGAAAAGGCCUAUUUGUCCAUCUGUGAGGAGUCUGAUGAUGGAGCACGGCAUUUGUUGGGAAGAUUUUGUGGAAGCUUACGGGACAUAACCAUAUCUGCCUCACAGGAAAAUUCAGUAGUGAAGGUUAUUUUUGUUACAGAUCAUCCAGCCAAAAGAAAAGGCUUUGUUAUUAAUUAUACAAUUAAACAAAUUGAAUUUUCUGCAAGUGGUAAAAAACAUAAGAUUAAAAAGGCAAGUGAAGAGGAAUUUAAUCUGAAUGCCCAAGAUGUCUUGUUGCUUGGACCUGCUGAUGGGGAGAUAAAAUCCCCUGGAUAUCCAAAUAACUAUUCUCUUAAUGCAUGUUAUAGUUAUAGAAUCGUGGGCCAACUGAACACUGUAAUAAGGAUUGACUUUAAUUUCUUCAGAACAUCGGUUGUUCAUGACUUUUGUGUGGAUUAUCUUGAUAUAUUUGAGGGAGUAGGAAGCAGUGAAAAGCUUUUGGGCCAUUUCUAUGGCGAGGGUCUUCCUCCCAGUGUGAAAUCCUCUGUAUCAGAAGUGACUAUAGUUUUCAAUGCAUCCUGUAAUUUUACCGAUUCAGGAUUUGUCUUGCAAUAUUUCUUCUUAAAUGUUUCAGAAGAAUCUAUCAAUAAUCUUGGAGAAAAUGAGAAGCUGGCUGCAUGUACAGAAUUCAUGCUGCUUAAAGAACUUCCUGGAGAACUGAAAUCUCCAAAUUAUCCGAAACCUUACUACAACAAUCUAAAAUGCGUGUGGACAAUAUACACUACAUCUGGCCACCGAAUACUUGUAAAGGUAAAGGACUUCUCAUUGGAAAAUGGCAAAACUGGCUGGGACAAGCUGAUUAUUCAUGAUGGACCUAAUGUAGAUGCUGUCAUAAUAGAUACACUCAGUGGUACCCAGAGCCCACGAAACCUCAUCUCCAGUGGCAAUUUUGUGACACUGGUGCUGGAGACUGAUGCAAGUGUGGUUGGUCAUGGUUUUAGAAUUGAGUAUUCUGAUACUACACAGUCUACAAACAUCAACCCGACAAUUCAGGAUAUGGACAAAUAUCCUUGUGGCUUUCCAAAAUUUAGGCCCUGUGAAACAAAGGCAAAAGGAAUGCAAAGUAUAGAGGCUUUUCCUUACUCAAUGCCAUGGGUAACAAGUCUGCAAGCUAAUGGAAUACAUUACUGCAUUGGUGCCCUCAUCCAUCCAGAGUGGGUUCUUGCACCGUGGCAUUGUAAUUUUAAUACAAUAAUGGACAAAGUUGUGUUGGGUGCAUAUGAUCUGUCUUCAGAAGUGGAGUCUCUACAGCAGAUUAGUGUCAAAGAAAAGUAUGAACAUGAAGACUCUGGAGGUUUCCCGCCUUCUAAUGACAUCAUCUUACUUCACCUGACCAGGCCUGUUCAACUGGGAGACACUGUUAUUCCUGUGUGCCUGCCAGAAGAGGACGUUAAGAUUGACGAUGACUGGUCUUGUUUAACUGCAGGAUGGAGAAAUGUUGAUCCUGAAGUAAAACCAAGAAACCUGAUUCAAACCAGUGUUUCUUUCUUAAACCAAUCGGAAUGCUUUGAAUAUUGGGGUGGAAAUGUGAAACAUUUUAAUCUCUGCACAGACCCAUCAGGGUCUGCAUCUUGCAUCGGUGAUUCAGGUGGUGUUCUUACAUGCCAAAAAGGAGGUCAGCAUUUUCUUAUUGGUACCGUGAGUUGGGGAAGUGCCAACUGUUUGUCUACUGCACCUGCUGUCUACACAGAGGUCUCUUUCUACAGAUCAUGGAUCAUGAACAUUACUAAAGGAGUUGUGAAUUUUUAACUCGCUUUCAGCAGAUCUUAAA